UACUUACAUUAUAUUUUACAAAUUAUAACUCGUACAAAAAUCAGACGAUUUGCUUCUCAUAAUAGAGGUGUGAAACAUAACUUUCAACACAACUGUAAUGUAGGUAUAAUAGUUUUGGUUCAAUUCUCCGGUUGUAUAUCGAUAAUAUUGUACUGACAUAUGUUUUAAAUCGUCUGGUUUUGUUUUUAACAUCACUUUGAAAAAAACACAAUAAAUACGCAUGUCUUGUUACUUAGUGUAAGCGUAAAACUCGGAACGCCCCAAAAUGGAUACACUAGUUUACAAGGAAAUAAACGUUGGUGAAUUAUAUUUUUCACUAAAAUGCAAAAGCGAUGCUAUUAUUUUCUUGUCAGUAGUACCUGAACACCAAUUGCCAUCGCCAGAAGAUAAUUUGGCAUAUGAAAUCAAUAUUGGCUGUAAAGACAACACUGAAACAACAAUAAAACUAAAAGACUCGUCUUAUGUUACGGUUAAUACUCCAAAUAUUCUGAACGAACUGGAAACAAAACACUUUUGGAUAAAAUGGGGUGCAGGAUUUAUAUCUGUUGGUAAAAGCUCUGAAAAAGACCCAUUCAUUAAAUGUCCCUAUAAGAACAUAAAACAUAUUUAUUGUUUGGGCUUUCAAUCGCUCUUCGAUGCUGAAUGGACGAUUCUCAAACCUCCCGACUAUAGGACAAAAAUUAAAUCGAUAACAUCUGGUCCGUGUAAAGAUGGAUUAUUGCAAAAUGUAGAGAUGAACUUUGGUGUGAUUCACUUGAAUGUUUUCGGACCAAAGUUUACUAUAAAAUUUUGCGCCUGUUUGAAUAAUACUACAUUAAAAGAACUUUAUGAGGUGGAAAUAAGUUCGUUUUCGUCGUGCAUUAUAAGAAACCAAACGAUCAACGACCCUGAAAAUUAUGUGGUAGAAUAUUUUUCUCCGGAGAUUAAACAAAAAAUAUGUGGUAUGAUGAAAUCUCAAGAAUUGGUUGGUUUUUGGUUUUGUUGGUUCGACAAAUGUUUAUCAAUGGGUAUAGAAGACAGUAUUAACAAGCCUUUGUUGACAAGUAAAAUUUCACCAACAGACUUUCAUUUGAAUCAUAUUGGGAAAAUGUCAAAAUGGUCUAAAAGUGGGUUUUCAGAAGUAUUUUCUACAAAAUGGCAUGGAGUCAGAUACCCAACUGAUGGAGUUCCUCAUUUGUCAAUCAAAGAAAGCCGCCAAAGGGAAUCGGAAAUUGAACAAUUUCGUUUCAACUUUGAAAGACCCAGUUGGGUUGGAAUUGACAAGAUGGACCUAAAACAUUAUGUUUGUUCAGCGACUUUUGGACUUGUAGUCAAUUUUUCCGGCGAUACGAUAGAGCAGUUGACUACAUUACAAAACGAUCACUGUGACCAAGUACUAAACGUGAUCGCUAAAAACUACGAUAAACCGAGAUACACGCUGGGCCUUACCCUGAUCCAUUAUUACGUCAAAUCCGCCAAGCUUUUAAGUCUUUUAUUGAGAAUAUAUUGCGACGAAGGUGUAGUGUGUUUUAUUGACUUAGCAUCGGCCACAUUCUAUAAAGAAUUCCAAACAUACAUCAAUCACGUAAUGUUGUUAAGAGCCAGAAAUCCUCGGCAAAUUAGUCAGGCAGACAGCAUACAUUAUCCACCCAAUGGUAUUUUUUUGGAUACUACAGCUUUGGUUUGUUGUGAUUUUUCCAACGUAGAUUUUUUUAGUUCAAGCGCCUUACCCAAUUUGAAUAAUCCUAAAUCACGUGAAGACGCAUUUUUUUCUGUUCAAAAACACACUGUAAGCCCUCGGUUCUUUCGAACAUGGUUUCCGGAAAUCGAUAAUACGACUCCCGACUUAUCGCUUGUAUCUUACAAAAGAUACAUAGAAGGCCUGGUCACAAAUUUCAUACUGCUCGGGGGUAAAAAAAAUGAUACAUCACACUUAGCCGCUUUGGUAGACACGUACAUUUUACCUUAUAAGGCGGAACUUCUUUUGCAGCUCGAUGCGGUGAAAAAGUGCAAAGUAUUUGAAAAUUAUAAUAUUACAUAUUUGUCUUGUUUAAAAUACGUUAUACCCAAAACCCACGUUCUUACAAACCCAUAUAUGAAUGCUCAGGUGAUACUUAUUCGUAUGAGCUACGCCAGACUGUACGUCAGUUAUUUUUAUAACUUUCCUAAAUUUCCCGACCGAUUCGUUGCGCUCGCAUCCGAUGUGAUGGCGUUCCUCUUGAGUGAAAUCAAAAGCCUGUCGAACAGUCUAAACCUUCAAGUCCUUUGUACCGUCAAAGGACUCGACGUUAAGUGUGAUCAUCCUGUUAAAAAAAAUGUCUUCUUCAAUGUAAUGCUGAAUUUCACAAUGAGAUUAGCCGAAAUAACAGGAGAACCUCUUUUUGUGUACUAUCAUUACUUCAAUGAACUCUUGUCUAAAUUUUUGUUGGUCGUCGACGAAGUGACUUCCAGAUUGAACACCGUCAAAUCGUUAAGACUAGUAGAGUUUUGUGCCGAUUGGGUGGUCGAAAAAAUAAACGAUAUUGUAACGAAAUACAACGAUGCAAAACUUUUAGUGACAGAAGUGUGUGGUGAUUUCGAUGAAACCGAGUUCAAUCAAACGUUUAGUUCUACCUAUAACCUUAAGGGCUGUUCCCAUGGCUCGAUGAUAGACAACGUAUUCGAUACGACCAUAUCUAAUCCUACGUCGUUAAUAGAAGAUUACAAGACCGGUAGCGUGUAUUCGACACAUAGAAUUUUUCAAGGCCUCGAACCAAACUCCAGCGCUUCUUUCAUGUAUAAAGCGCCGUUUAAAUCGGGCAUUCACGUGUACAGAGGGGUGGCGUCGAAGAAAUUCCCAUCGAUAGACUUUUCUAAUCAUUCUGUGUUUAAGAGAUACGAUAGUGAAAACAUGGUGUGUUUAUGGUCCAAAAAUGGCAUUUGCGAUUACCCGUUGAUUUUGUUUAAGUAUGAAAAAAUGGGAAUUUACGAAUACGGAUUAGCUAUGUUCAUCAAAACGAUAGUCGAUCAUUCAACCACAUGAUUUGGUUUUGUAUUGGAAGUUUUUAAAUAUGAUUCAUACUGUAUAGAGCCCUAGAUAUCUGGCUACGAUAGUUUUUAUUUGCUGUUGUUGAGUUAAUAAAAACAUUAUCUAAUGAACUGUAAAGAAAUACUUCUCAACUUUUUAGUAAGAUGUUUUUUAAAAAAAAUUCGGAGUAAUAUAGAAAAAACUUCGUUUAAUAUUAUUUUUGUGAUAAUUAUCUGAUGUGCUAACUUUAGUUUUAGAAAAUUAUAUGUUAUUAUAAGCUUUGUGUAUUGUUUUUAAAUACAAUAAUUGUUACCUUUAUAGCUUAUUAAUUUAUACUUUAAUUGUAAAGUUAUUUUAUUAUUAAUGUUACAAAAAUAAGAAUGGUAUAUUUUUCAACUCUAUUAUAAUAACACCAUCG